AACCAACCCCUUCAACACACUUCUCACGCCGCCUGACCCCCCCACAGCCUCCCGCCUCCGCCAAACGCCAGCGGCACGCACGCACACAGCACUCGCGCCGCCAUCUCAGCCAGUGCACUGCAAACCCAUGGCGAGGAUACUCGUCGAAGCGCCCGCCGGCUCGGGCUCGCCGCCGGAGGACUCCAUCAACUCGGACAUGAUCCUCAUCCUGGCCGGCCUGCUCUGCGCGCUCGUCUGCGUCCUCGGCCUGGGUCUCGUGGCUCGGUGCGCGUGCUCGCGGCGCUGGGCGACGGCGGCGUCCGGCCGGUCGCAGCCGGGGAGCGCCAAAGCCGCCAACAAGGGCGUCAAGAAGGAGGUGCUGCGCUCGCUCCCGACGGUCACGUACGUCUCCGACAGCUGCAAGGCGGGGGACGAGGAGGAGGGAGGAGGCGCCGACGAGUGCGCCAUCUGCCUGGCCGAGUUCGAGGAGGGGCAGGCCAUGCGCGUGCUGCCGCAGUGCGGCCACGCGUUCCACGCCGCCUGCGUCGACACGUGGCUGCGCGCGCACUCCUCCUGCCCGUCCUGCCGCCGGGUGCUGGCCGUCGACCUGCUGCCGCCCGGCGAGCGGUGCCGCCGUUGCGGCGCGCGCGGCCCCGGCGGUGUCGCCGGCAUCAGCGCGCUCUGGAAGGCGCCCACGCCCUGCAGCGCAGAGGGGCCGACGUUCUUGGCGUAGUAGUGCCGUGCGCACUCGACACAGGAACUGAACCAAUGCGCGAGCUCAGUGGUGAACUUGUUUUUUUUAGCCUUGUAGGUUUCGGUCCUUUUUAGGUGUGAGUAGUGAUUAGCUCACUGGGGGGAGUGUUCUGGACAAGCAUCAAGGUGUGUGUGCCUGAUUGAUGGAUACAAAUUGUCCCUGUAAUUUAUUUGUACAUAUGUGCAGUGAAAUGAUAAAAAGCUUGAAGUUAGGCCUUGUUUAGUUCCAAAAUAUUUUGAAAAA